ACGCAUAUAUGAAUGCUAAACCCAUUCUCGAAGCUUCAUCGUCAAACAGAAGAAGGUCCAACAACACAGUCUCUCUCUCUCUCUCUCUCUCUCUCUCUACAUUAUAAAAUAUUAGAGAAGCAUUAAUUUCCAGGAUCUGAAGAAGAAGAAAAGGGAGGAGGAGAUGGGUAUGGUUGUGGUGAUCUCGCUGCCUCUAAUCCUCUUCUCGCUAGUGCUUGGUUUUGGGUGUUACUUUCUGGGAAGAGCCAAAGGAAGGCAGGAGGUGUACAGCCAUGCUCAGGUUUUCGGGGAGCCAACGCCGCCGCCGGGAACCGCCGACGCCGCCGCUGCCCCAACCCAUCUCAAGCAGCACGAUCCAGCCAUCGUGUGAACAACCCAGAAGAAGAUUUUUGAUGUAGAGGGCGUGAAAAUCUAUACAUGUGUGUGUGUGAGUGAAUUUUGUUGAUGGAUUGUGUUCCUUUCAAUUGCUCUGCCCUGCGCAGCAGAUAAAGGGGGAUGCUAUGAAUUGGUAUUCUGAGUAAUAAAUAAGCAAAAUCUUCGUUUGUUUUAAAUGUAAUUAAUAUAUUUUCUCAGCACCUUGAUCGAACCAA